AUGCCUCCUGAGAUGGGCCGAGCCGCCUCACAGGCCUCAAGUGCUGCAUCUCAAACAACGCAGAUAGUAGCGCCACAUAGCCGCCCUGGGACAGCAGAUCUCAUGAGAUCGCGCUCAGAAACUGUAGUGUCAAGAAAUGGUCGCCGCCCAAGGUCUAGAGGCUCUACUGCCAGCAUCCAUUCAAACACCACCCAACAAACCCAGGACCAGCAGAUUACUGAUGGAUUUCCGCAAUUCCUCCCGGCUCAAGCCAACGCCAGCCAUAAUGUCUUCGGAGGAAAUCCUGAGGAGAUAAUUAUGCGAUUUGGCCAGCAACUUUCGCAUCCCGUGAGCGGUUCUUCGCUGGACCCGACUAUGCAUGAUGCUCACCACCCCGUCCUGCCAAGGGCUGAAGACUUCCCAAGCCAUGCGAUGCAUGGCCAUCACCUCUCCCACCAUUCAAUAUCCUCCGGUCUUCCUGGAUUGUCUUCCGUGCCAAUGCCGCAGUACCAAGCGAUAUAUGACAGCGGGAUCGAGAAUCACGUCCCAGAACAUGUUCUAGACGAGAAUGAGAAUUCCGAGGCUGGCGCGAAAAAGAAAAAGGGUUCAAACUCUUCUCUUGCGAAUGACAAUGAACUGCGAAAACUGCUGCGACAGUACGAAGGAUAUUCCUUGAAGCAAAUGGCAGCGGAAGUCCUUAAACAUGAAGGAGCCGGCGGUAAGGCUGAAAAGGUGAAGCAAGUCUUUGCUAUGAUAUGGUUGAAGGAGAAUUGCAGAAAAAGCAGCGGGUCUGUUCGGCGCGAUCGUGUUUAUUGCUGCUAUGCAGAGAAGUGUGGAACCGAGCGUGUCUCCGUUUUGAAUCCAGCUUCUUUUGGGAAGCUCGUGCGAAUCAUAUUUCCCAACGUACAGACUAGGCGGCUCGGAGUCCGGGGAGAGUCCAAAUACCACUACGUCGAUCUGACUGUCAUUGAGGAGAAACAACAGAAGCCUCCCCCCUUGAACCCUCAGAUUCCAGCCAACACAACCGGCUCAGCUGCACCUAUAGAGCAUAAAGUGGGAGAAGCCAUGCAGAAGAGUGUUAGUAUCGCACCGCAGCCUCCUGCAGACACUGCAGUGUUCCCUUCCCCUACCACUUCAUUCACCGCCAGAUCCUCGGGGAGUCUCUCGAGCUCAGAUUGCGGUUGUUAUACUUCGUCUCGGUCUAGUGGCGAUUCCACCACUACCCUUGAAAAUGUAGCAAGCCAUUCCGGAAAAAUGAUUCACCAGAUGCUUCAACUGCCAACUACCGAAGACUCAUUCAUUGAUAACGACACUCUGCAACUUCCUGACAUUAAUGACUAUGUCCCCGUUAAUACUGAUUCGAAGGUUGCCGCUGCUCUAGCCGCCCUUUAUCGGUCACAUUGCAUUUCUGUCAUAGACAGCUUUCGAUACUGCAAAGAGCGAAAUCUACGCCAUUACUUCUCUGCCUUCCACGGAACCCUAACCGUACCGGUACAGAAGCUUCUAACACACCCUAACCUCGCCCCGUGGAUUAAGGAAUGUGAUUGGCUCAUGUACCAGAAAAUGAUUGCAUUUGUGGCACCGCUUACAACUCAAGUCGUUCCGAAGCUCGUCCUAGACACCUUUAGCUCCAUCUCUCAAAGACUUACCGCCCAUAUCGCAGAUACGUUCAAAGCGCAACCGAUACACGUCUCCCUAGCAAGAUUAAUACCGGCGCAUAUAUUCUGUAACCUUCUUCGGCAUAUGCUCGAUGUCAAUCAAUCCGCCAAUGCAGCUGCAGCGUGGCUGUGUCACCCUGAUAACAGAAAUCAAAUGUGGUUCGACUUCAAAACGCUGGUAGACCCAAAGGAAAUGAUUUCUAAAGCGAAUAUCCCAAGCUGCGCGGAACAAGCUACCGAGCAAAUUCUCAAGCAUGAUGUUCGAGCUCUUCUCACUCCUAUUACCGAUCUGAACCCUGCCGCUGCCCAUCCGUUCUACACAAAGCCUGAUUCGGAAGGAAGCAUUCAGGCACAUAGGUAUCCUGUGCAGUCGUCAACGGGUGAUGACUAUAACUUCCCGGAUAAAUGGAUAUCAUUCAUUCUCAAUUUACCAUCCGCGUUUCCAAAUCACCGUACGAAAUGUAUCAUAGAGAAAGUUGAUGCGUUGUGGGAUUGCAUCCUUCGCCGAUUAACAUUAGGGGGGGCUCAGAGCUUUAGUGCCUGGUGGAUGACUAAAGUAUUCUUUCAUGAAAUGAUGCUUUGGCAAGCGGAAAAGGGUGGUUUUAUGCGCUGUACUCCGAGUACAUUGCAAUGCGUGAGUUCGAGAGUGGAUCAACAGGCGCCAAAUAACAUUUCCAUGAAGCAGCCUAGCUAUCCAGACUCUAUUAAGAAUGGUCCCUUUACGGCUCCUAACACACAAAACACUGUUGAUUCAAGGUCUGGACUAGAGGCCCCUGCCCCGGCAGAGAGUAUUCACCCGUCUCAAUCCUCUUUGGAACAUCCACCGAUGGACGCAGAACCACAAUCGAACAAUGCUCCUAAUGAAAAGCCGGCGGACAUUUCCGAAAAUAUUGCCAGCUUCCAUGCCUCAAACAAUGAUGAUAGCGCGAUUGAUCUUGAGGACGAUUCAAUGCUAAUGACCGUGGGAAAAUACGGCGAUAUGAUGGCCUCUGAUCCAGCAGAUGCUGAAGGCGAUGUUGUCGUCAUAUAA